GCUGAAUCGACAGCUCUGCAAACAUUCGUGAGCCAACUCGAAGAGAAGUAAAAAUGCAUUUAUAUCACUUAACGUUACAGCCGCCGACGGUCAUCAACCAGACUGCCGUCGGAAACUUCUCAGGUACUCGGCAACAAGAAAUUAUUGUUGCUCGAGGGUCACGACUGGAGCUUCUUCGACCUGACGCCAACGGCAAGGUGACAACUGUUCUUGCCCAGGAUGCAUUUGCCAGCAUCCGCUCACUAUCUGCCUUCCGACUUACAGGAGGCACAAAGGAUUACAUCGUAAUAGGUUCCGACGCUGGUCGCAUCGUUAUCCUAGAGUAUGACGCCAAAAAUAACGCCUUCAACAAGCUUCAGCAAGAAACAUUUGGGAAGUCCGGGGCGCGUCGUAUUGUGCCCGGACAAUACCUCGCUGUCGAUCCGAAAGGACGGGCCGUAAUGAUUGGAGCGGUUGAGAAAGCCAAGCUCGUAUACAUUCUCAAUCGAGAUGCUGCGGCUAAUCUUACGAUUUCGUCGCCCCUUGAAGCACAUAAAAAUCAUGCUAUAAUUCAUCACCUUGUUGCCGUUGAUGUUGGAUUUGAGAAUCCAAUGUAUGCUGCACUGGAAGUAGAUUACUCAGAAUCCGAUCGUGACCCGACCGGGGAGGCGUUUAAUAACACUGACAAGAUGCUCACUUUCUACGAACUUGAUUUGGGUCUAAACCAUGUCGUUCGCAAGUGGAGUGAGCCAACGGACCCCAGGGCAAAUCUGCUUGUGCAGGUACCUGGUGGUCAAUCUGCCAGUACGAACAAAUUUGAUGGUCCCUCAGGUGUCCUCAUUUGCUGUGAAGACCAUAUUAUAUAUCGCCACAUGGAUCACGAGCAACACCGCGUCCCGAUACCACGCCGCCUGCAUCCUUUACGAGACCCAGAACGGGGCUUGAUUAUCGUUUCUGCCGUCAUGCACAAAAUGAAGGGAGCUUUCUUCUUUUUGUUGCAUUCCGAAGAGGGCGAUCUGUACAAAGUAACAAUUGACCAUGAGGAUGAGGAGGUCAAAGCUCUCAAGAUAAAGUACUUUGAUACCGUUCCCAUUUCUUCGAGCCUCUGCAUCUUGAAGUCCGGUUUCCUGUUCGUUGCCUCGGAGUUUGGGAAUCACCAUCUGUAUCAGUUCCAGAAGCUGGGUGAUGACGACGAGGAAACGGAAUUCACUUCAACUGAUUAUCCUAAGUUUGGCAUGGAGGAUCCUUCGCUUCCCCUUCCUUUGGCAACAUUCAAACCCCGCGCACUGGAGAACCUGGCACUUGUUGACGAGCUUGAGUCUUUGGAUCCCAUCAUUGAUGGCCGUGUUGCCAAUCUGCUCGAAGCUGCUGGCGAAACGCCUCAGGUAUUCACUGCAUGCGGCCGCGGUCCUAGAAGCACUUUCCGUAUGCUUCGCCACGGUCUGGAGGCAGAGGAAAGCGUAAGUUCGGACUUGCCGGGUAUCCCAAAUGCAGUCUGGACUACAAAAUUGAAAGAAGAUGAUCAAUAUGACUCGUAUAUUAUCCUCUCUUUCGUAAACGGUACCUUGGUUCUGUCUGUUGGCGAAACUAUAGAGGAAGUCUCCGAUACUGGUUUGCUUUCCUCGGCUCCAACUCUGGCAGUACAGCAAAUAGGAGUGGAUGCCUUGCUUCAAGUCUAUCCUCAUGGAAUACGCCAUGUGCUUGCUGAUCGCAGGGUGAAUGAAUGGAAGGCCCCGCAAGGCCGCACAAUUGUUGCUGCCACGACCAAUAAGCGUCAGGUAGUCGUGGCCUUGAGUAGCGCGGAACUUGUCUACUUCGAGCUAGAUCUUGAUGGACAGCUGAAUGAGUACCAAGAUCGAAAGCCAAUGGGCAGUGCUGUGUUGACUAUGAGCAUCGCUGAAGUGCCACAGGGCCGCCAGCGAACACCAUAUCUAGCUGUCGGGUGUGAGGACCAGACUGUUCGGAUCGUUUCCCUCGAUCCUGAGAGUACGUUGGACACCAUAAGUCUGCAGGCACUCACGGCUCAACCAGCUUCCAUCUGCAUUGCUGAGAUGCUGGAUGCUAGCAUUGAUAAAAAUCAGCCCACUACAUUUGUCAACAUUGGUCUCGUAAACGGGGUAUUGUUACGUACGGUGCUUGACCCCAUCCAGGGGUCGCUGACCGAUACCAGAACACGAUUCCUUGGAACUCGCCCAGUCAAACUUGUACGCAUUCCUGUACAUGGUACUCCCAGCAUUCUUGCGUUAUCAAGCCGCUCGUGGCUCAACUAUACCUAUCAAAACCUUCUGCACUUCACCCCGCUCAUCUUUGAAAACUUGGACUACGCGUGGAGCUUCUCUGCUGAACUAUCUCCUGACGGACUAAUUGGAAUUUCCGGGAAUAUGCUUAGAAUUUUCCAAAUCCCCAAGCUUGGGGACAAGUUGAAGGAACGUACCAUGCCGCUUCUUUACACCCCUAGGAGAUUCAUUUCACAUCCGACCAGCAAGUUAUUCUACAUGAUUGAGACUGACCACCGAACGUUGAGCCCGGAAGCGGAGCAGGCCAAGCUAAAAGAGCUUGCUGCUGCAAGAGUCAGAGUUGAUGAAGAAAUACUGAACCUCCCAGCAGAAGUCUUUGGCAGACCAAAGGCUGAAAAAGGUCGAUGGGCUUCGUGCCUCAGAAUUAUUGAUCCUGUCCAGUGGGCAUCGCUACCGCCGAUUACAUUCGGGGGAAAUGAGGCAGCAUUCUCAUUAGCAGUCUUACCGUUCAACGAAAGAAAUGAGCUGCAUCUCGUCAUCGGAACAGCCAGAGACACUUUCUUGGCCCCUCGAUCUUGCUCGACCGGAGUACUCCGCACCUACCGAUUGCUUGACGAGGGUAGGACACUCGAAUUUCUUCAUGAGACCGAGGUGGAUGACGUCCCCACCGCUUUGGUUGGUUUCCGCGGUCGGUUGCUUGCUGGAGUGGGGAAAGCUUUGCGGAUAUAUGACAUUGGUAAAAAGAAGCUAUUGCGCAAAUGCGAGAAUAAGAGCUUCGCAUCCGCUAUCAUGACAUUGAAUACACAAGGGUACCGCAUCAUAGUCGGUGACGCCCAAGAUUCCUUGUUUUACUGCGUGUACAAGCCUCCAGAGAACCGCCUGCUGAUAUUCGCCGAUGAUACUCAGCCUCGAUGGAUAACAUCAGCAACGAUGAUGGAUUACGAAACCGUCGCUGGUGGCGACAAAUUUGGCAAUGUCUUCAUCAAUCGACUCCCCGCUUCCGUGACACCCAGUGUGGAUGACGACCCGACAGGGGCUGGCAUCAUGCACGAGAAGAGCAUAUUGAUGGGCGCACCACACAAGACGAUCCUUCUUGCCCAUUUCCAUAUCGGAGACAUCCCAACCAGCCUCCAGCGAGUAGCGCUUGUGCCAGGAGGCCGGGAAGUUCUUCUGUAUACUGGCCUGAUGGGAUCCAUUGGGCUCCUCGUUCCUUUCGUUUCGAAAGAAGACAUUGAAUUCAUGACGACGCUGGAACAGCACAUGCGCACUGAGGGUCUCGGGGGCCAAGGUGGCGGUGGCCUAAGUCUCCUCGGGCGAGACCAGAUGGCUUACCGCGGGUAUUAUGCUCCUGUGAAGGCCGUUGUAGAUGGCGAUCUUUGCGAGCGCUUUGCAAUGCUUCCCGCUGCGCGUCAGGCGGCGAUUGCAGGAGAACUGGAUAGGACGGUUGGCGAGGUGCUGAAAAAGCUUGAGGGACUACGGGUCUCUGCCUCUGGUGUUUAGUCACACCGGCGCAUCAUUGCUUUCAGAAGGUGACAACUACACUCAGUAUAAUGUAACCUUUGUACCCCGUAAUUUAUUGUCUUUACGCACUGCCCAAAACCUCAGAAGUUGAAUGAAAUGUAGCUAAGAAAUCC